CCUGCGCGUAUUCAUGACUCUUGACUUUCAGUGUGCUUCGCUAGCAGACACAUGCAGUUCUGUUCCAGCACCUCACUAAAAUGUUGAAUUCUUUGUGUGUACGUGUUCGUUGAUGACAAUAGACCACACACACACACACAUACACAUAUGUUUAUCAAUAAAUCCCAUAACAUCACCUAAAGUCGCAGCUGUUCUCUGACCGGAGCACAUAGUCAGUGAGGGGGCGACUAGCCAUCAAUGUACACGUCCGUCACACAGCUCAUGAAAUGCAGCGGAAACAUUCUGGAGUGAAAAUAUUUUUGAUUCUUGUGAUCACAAAGUUUUUUUGCUCGACUUUCUCCUCAGCAGAUACAGACGUGUCCUGUCUCUACAUGCAGAGCUGCAUCCUCCCCUGUACUUUAACGAAUGGAGAUGAAUUAGUUCUCCACUGGUUUUAUACAGGAGGAAACCGAAAUGUUCACUCCUUCUACCAAAACCAAGACCAGCUGGGAAACCAGAACCUGCUCUAUAGAAACAGAACCUUCCUAUUCAAAGACCAGUUUCCCAGAAAUAACCUCUCACUUCUAAUAACGGGAGUGAAGCCUCAGGAUGAAGGUAUUUAUAAAUGUUUCAGGAGCUCCACCAAAGGAUUCAAGGAGACAAAUAUUAACCUCAACAUUGAUGCUCCAGGCUCUGACAUCAGAAUCCAUCAGGAUGGAAACAGGAUCACCUGCAGCUCAGAGGGGAUCUACCCUCAACCUGAACUCACCUGGUCCACUGAGCCUCCAUCCAACACGACUCUGCAGACCAGAACCACAGUCCAUCAGACUGAGGAGAAGCUUUAUAACAUCAGCAGCUCUCUGACGGUUCCAGAUGAAGAUCCAGGUUUGUCCUACAGCUGCACCAUCAGAACCAGGAGCAACAGGAAGAAAUUUACUGUGAAGCAACUAUCAGUGACCAGCGCCCCCUACAGGACAACAACCAUCCACUGCUCUGACUCCAACUGGUCUGCAGCCAGCCUGGUCUGGAGGUUCAACAAUCAGAGCAUCCUGAGUCAGACGGAGCCCAGCGUCUCCCCCAGAGUCUCAGAGGCCUGGAGGAAACAUGUGAAGGACGUGUCAAGGUCAGGAAGCCUCACCUUACAGGAUAUGACAUCACAGCAGGAGGGGGUCUACACCUGCCAACUCAGCAACCAAGACGAGACGAUUAUUACAAAGACCUCUGUGAGGAUAAACCAAGUUGAUCCAGUUGUUCAUAACGGCAUCAUCAUCAUCGCUGUUGUUGUUGUUUUGAUCAUUUUGAUCAUC